GCACGCUCGGCCCCAGGCUCGCUCGGGGUUGGCUGCCGCAGGACUCGGGGUGGUCGCUGCGGCCUCGAGAGCGCAUUUUUUCCUCCCUCCCCCUCCCGGUGUUUUAGUUCCCCGGCUUCCUCCCGCCGGCCGCCGUUUGUGUGUUUGGUUUUUUAAAAACCAACUUUAUUGUUCCCUCCCGGGUGGCAGCCCCCGCCCCGCGCGCUGCGCGCGUCCUCAGGAUGCACUGAGGCUGCAGGGAAGCGGCGGCGGCGGGUCCCGGUCCCCGCUCCCUCGCCCUCUUCUCCGAGCGCCCAGCCCGGGGAGGGGGGAGUUAUGAUGUCCGGCAGCCGCCAGGCUGGUCCCGGCGCUGCCGGGACAGGGCCCGGCUCCUCCGCGGCCUCCUCGGUCACUUCCGCCUCCUCGUCGUCGUCGUCGUCGUCGCCCCCGACCCUAACGGCGGUGGUGGCCGCGGCGGGCUCCAGCGGGUCCGCCGGCUCGGGGGGCCUCGGGGCCACUGUGCGGCCUCUCAUGGUGGCCGCCGCCGUGUCGGGCUCGGGAGGCGGAGGAGGCGGGGGCGGCGGGGCUCUGGCCGCGGGCCUCUCCCGGCUUGGGGGCUCGACCAGGCCCGGGAGUGCCGUCAACAGCGGCGGGGGCAGCUCGGGCAGCGGCAGCAGGAAGCGGCCUCUGCUCACCCCUCUCUGCAAUGGGCUCAUCAACUCGUACGAGGACAAAAGCAACGAUUUUGUCUGCCCCAUCUGUUUUGAUAUGAUUGAAGAAGCAUACAUGACGAAGUGUGGCCACAGUUUCUGCUAUAAAUGUAUCCAUCAGAGCCUGGAAGACAAUAAUAGGUGUCCCAAGUGUAAUUAUGUUGUGGACAAUAUUGACCAUCUUUACCCUAAUUUCUUAGUGAAUGAACUCAUUCUCAAACAGAAGCAAAGAUUUGAGGAAAAGAGGUUCAAGUUGGACCAUUCAGUGAGUAGCACCAAUGGCCACAGGUGGCAAAUAUUUCAAGAUUUAUUGGGAACUGAUCAAGAUAACCUUGAUUUACCGAAUGUCAACCUGAUGCUGGAACUACUUGUACAAAAGAAAAAACAGCUGGAGGCAGAGUCACAUGCUGCCCAGCUACAGAUCCUUAUGGAAUUCCUCAAGGUUGCAAGGAGAAAUAAAAGAGAGCAACUGGAACAGAUCCAAAAGGAGCUAAGUGUUCUGGAGGAAGAUAUUAAACGAGUGGAGGAAAUGAGUGGUUUAUACUCUCCUGUCAGUGAGGAUAGUAAAGUACCUCAGUUUGAAGCUCCCUCUCCAUCACACAGUAGUAUUAUUGAUUCUACAGAAUAUAGUCAACCUCCAGGUUUCAGUGGCAGCUCUCAGAGUUCAAUUGUAUUGAGAGGAAUCUGGUUCCAUAGCUACUUGACAAAGAAGCAGCCUUGGUAUAACAGCACAUUAGCGUCACGACGAAAACGCCUCACUGCUCAUUUUGAGGAUUUAGAGCAAUGCUACUUUUCUACAAGGAUGUCUCGGGUCUCAGAUGAAAGUAGAACUGCAAGCCAAUUGGAUGAGUUUCAAGAGUGCCUUUCUAAGUUCACUCGAUACAAUUCAGUUCGACCCUUGGCUACUUUGUCUUAUGCUAGUGAUCUCUAUAAUGGUUCAAGCAUAGUCUCCAGUAUUGAAUUUGACCGAGAUUGUGACUAUUUUGCCAUUGCUGGAGUAACAAAGAAGAUCAAAGUAUAUGAAUAUGGGACAGUCAUACAAGAUGCAGUGGAUAUUCAUUAUCCUGAAAAUGAGAUGACCUGCAAUUCCAAAAUCAGCUGUAUCAGCUGGAGUAGUUACCAUAAGAAUCUAUUAGCCAGCAGUGAUUAUGAAGGCACAGUCAUCCUAUGGGAUGGAUUCACAGGACAGAGGUCAAAGGUCUACCAGGAACACGAGAAGAGAUGUUGGAGUGUUGAUUUUAAUUUGAUGGACCCAAAACUUUUGGCUUCAGGUUCUGAUGAUGCAAAAGUAAAACUGUGGUCUACCAACCUGGACAAUUCAGUGGCGAGUAUUGAAGCCAAGGCAAAUGUGUGCUGUGUCAAAUUCAGCCCUUCGUCUAGAUACCAUUUGGCUUUUGGCUGUGCGGAUCACUGUGUCCAUUAUUAUGAUCUUCGCAACACUAAACAGCCCAUCAUGGUGUUCAAAGGACAUCGAAAGGCAGUUUCCUAUGCAAAGUUUGUGAGUGGGGAAGAAAUUGUUUCUGCGUCAACUGAUAGUCAACUGAAGUUGUGGAAUGUAGGGAAACCACACUGUUUGCGUUCCUUCAAGGGCCAUAUCAAUGAAAAGAAUUUUGUUGGAUUGGCUUCCAAUGGAGAUUACAUAGCCUGUGGAAGUGAAAAUAAUUCCCUCUACUUAUACUACAAGGGCCUUUCAAAGACGUUGCUGACUUUUAAAUUUGAUACAGUCAAAAGUGUCUUAGACAAGGACCGAAAAGAAGAUGACACAAAUGAAUUUGUUAGUGCUGUUUGUUGGAGGGCACUACCAGAUGGGGAGUCCAAUGUGCUGAUUGCUGCUAACAGUCAGGGGACAAUUAAGGUGCUCGAGUUGGUAUGAAGGAUCAUCCCUCAAGAAAAGACUGACUGGGUCCUGCUGAACCAUAUCUGCAGUUAACCAAGAGAAAAGAAAGGAAACCUUCAAAUGAUGUCCCUCCCUAAAACCAUCAUGGGUUUUUUGUUUUGUUUUGUUUUCAAUUUUUCUCCCUCACCCUUUUUUUUUCCAUCCCUUUCCCCCAUCUACGGACUCUUUAGAACCUCUGACACACUGGGAACACCCAGCAAACUCUCCACCAUCAACAUAACUCCACGGACUUUGCUGCUGCUGGUGGUGGUGUGGUUGUCUAAUUUUUAUGAUAGGGAAACAAAUUCUUUUAAAUAAAAACAAAUAACAAAAAAGAAUAAUAUUUUAUUGAGCCACAACUAAAUUAGGAAAGUUCCUGUCAUUGUAGUUAAUGAAGAAAAGACUAUAAGAACUGUAGACCUGAGAUCUAAUGAGUCUUUAGUUUCAGUCAUGGACAAGACAGUUAUAGAAAAUGAGCAGUUAUAGAUGGGAUUUGAACUCAUUUAAGAGAGAAAUGUGAUAAGAAAAGGUGACAGGUUUUUUGUUGUUGUUGUUGUUUUGUUUUUUGUUUUUUUUUCAUGAUUUGAAUGCUCACAAGAGAUAAGUUAAUAGCAUCAUGGCCUGAACUGGCAUGUAAAUCUUUGAACAGAUGUACUGUCAGCAGCUGUGUGUGAGCCCAGCUUUCUCCCUACACCUGGUCAGGUUUUUCAGAUCCUGACCUACAGGAACACUUCAUAGGCUGGUGGAAAGUGUGUGCUUCCAGACAGCUCAAUGCCUAGGCUCCUCUCAAGUCUACUUAAUGUCACCUGGACAUCCAUCCAACUCAAUUUAUGUGAAAUACAGCUCUCAGAUUGUCAUGGUUUUCAGUUCCAGAGUAGGCUAGAUUUGUGCCGUGAUUGAAGGAGAAAGAUUGGAAAUGCUAUUACCCAAACCUCUGAGCCAUUAAGUCUCUUAGGUAGUGUAUUUUGAGUAUUUUUUAAAUAGUUUUCAAGUCAUUUAAAAAAAUGGAAUCCCCACAACCAGGAAAUGAAAAAGAAGGGACAAGGAUUAAAACCACGAUGUCUAUUUUCACCAAAAGACUUUUGCUUCCACAAAAUUUCACCUUACCCAUUUUAUGUUCAUAGGACAGGCCUGAGAUUUGAUUUGGACCAUGGCCUGACACAUAAAAAUUGAUAGGACAGGGUAUCUAUCACACUAUUUUUCCCUACCCCUAUCAAUCAAGAUAAUUCUAUCACAAAGGUUCCUGAGAGUUAGAAGAACAUUACAAUUACUUCUGAUUCCACUCUGAUUGAAAACAGUCUAGUCAGCUACCAAAGCAGGCCCUAAAGAAUUAUUCCCUCCACUCCCAGCAAUUAAUGACCAGGGUAUUGUGCCUGAAAGUAGAGAUUUAAAGAUUUUAGGAUCUCUGCCUAAGUCAGUAGUAGGCAGACAUGGUGCAGGUCAUUAUGAAAAUAAGAAAGUGGAAGUUAAUAGCUUUUGGUUAAACUUAGUAAUAGCAAGAAUAGUGUUUGUCCUACUGACUUAAACUGUGGGACUAUUCUAGAGCUGGGCUUCUUAAACUUUUACCACUCAUUACCCCUUUUCUCCUGAGAAAUAUAUGUGACCCUGUUUACAUAGGUAUACAAAUCAAGUAUUAACUGAUAACCAUAAUUGCACAAUCCCCCACAUUCAGUUACAUAAACUCACAUGGGGUCAUAGCCCAUAGUUUUAAGAAGCUUUUCUCUUUAUGAUGAGAGAUUCUUGGGCUUUUUGAACAAGUAAAAAUCAUUUUAAGGGGAGAGAUGUGGCUUAAACUUCACUGCUUUAUUUUCCUUUGGAGAAAUAUAUAUAUAUGGGGGGGGAAAUACACA